AUGGCUGAACCCAAUCAAGAUUAUAGUCGUUUAGUUCGUGAAAAAGCUAAAGAACUUGAAAAACAAAUAGAACUUUUUGAAAAAGAAAAUGCUAAAUUACAAUUUCUUUGUAAUGAACAUAAUUUGGCUAUAAAAAAAUUAAAACAAGAUCAUGAUGAAUUUGAAAAAACUAAACAAAAAGUUUUAAUAUUACAAGAAGAUUUAAAACAACCUAAAACACGUUGGUCAACAACAAUUAAUCGUUUAAAAGAACGUAUUGAAAUAUUAGAAUAUGAAAAUGCUGAAUUAAAACAAGAAAAAGAAAUCAUCGAACGUAAACGACUUGAUCUUAUGCAUCAAUUACAAACACUUUCUAAACAACAACAACAACAACAACAAUUACAAGAAGAUACAUCAUCAUUAUCUAUGACAAGAAAAUCACUUGUAGAACUUCAAUAA